CUUUUUUUCUCCCUCAACCUAAGCAUACUCUUUCCCCCCUUGAAAACCCAUCUCAUACAGUAAUGAGCUACAAUCAACAACAGCAAUACGGCUCUCCUGCCCAAAACUAUCAGCAGCCACCUCCUCCCGGCUACGGUGGUGCCCCGGGCGGUGCACCCGGUGGUUAUCAGCAUCAGCAACAUGCUGGCUACGGUAAAGUGUUUCGGGAUUGAUGGCCAAGCACCUCCCCCUCAAGGUGGUGCACCACCAGCCAAUGCCAACCAACAAUUGUGGGGUUGGUUCAAGGCCGUCGACACUGACAAUUCCGGCCAAUUGACGGUCGAUGAGUUGCAGCGUGCCCUGAUUAACGGUGACUGGAGCCCCUUCAAUAUCGAAACUGUCCGUUUAAUGGUGGCCAUGUUUGACAAGGAUCAAACCGGUACGAUCGAUUUCCAGGAAUUCUCUGGUUUGUGGAAGUACAUUGAGGAUUGGAAGCGCUGCUUCCAGACGUUUGACGCGGAUGGCUCCGGCAGCGUUGAUCGUAGUGAGAUGGGCAACGCUUUAAGAACGUUCGGAUACAACCUUUCGGACAAGUUCAUCAGUCUCCUGAUUAACAAAUUUGAUAAAUACGGACACUGGAGUGCAGGCAAAGGAGACGUGACAUUCGACAACUUUGUGCAGGCCUGUGUCACGGUCAAGACACUGACAGAUUCGUUCAGACAGUACGAUACGGAUGGUGAUGGUUGGAUCCAGAUCAAGUAUGAAGACUUCCUGGAGCUUGUGGUACGCCAGCGCGGUUAAGAAUAAUAAAAGAAGAAAGGGACUUAAUAAAAUAAUGUGCCAGGCCAAGAGCAAAGUGCUUGCCUGUUUUGGAUUUCAAA